GACACCAAGCUACUCCAACCUACGAACCACGUGGAGCACAACUCGCUCCGGUUCCUGGGCAACCUUCGGUUGAACCUCUGGGACUGCGGAGGCCAAGAUCAGUUCAUGGAGAACUAUUUCGAGUCCCAGCGUGAGAACAUCUUUCAGCACUGCGAGGUGCUCAUCUACGUGCUAGUUGCAGUACGUGACCAGCAUACGCAAGUGGACGAGCGCAAGAAGGACAUCGAGUACUUCAAGGCAGCCUGU